UGAAGCCCAAAAAUCAAAAUUACCAAACCAAAACCCUAACUUCCUCCUCAACGGUUCUGCCGCAGUGCCGCCGCCGUCCGUCUUGUCGGCGCCGUCCGUCUUGUCGGCGCCGUCCGUGGCUUCCUCUUUCCCUCUGUCCCGAACCCAAGCCCUCUCUUGUAGGCUAUAGCUCGGCACGUCGUCCCCAUCCUCCGGCUUCUCUGUUCGAGGCUUGGAGCAGCUUGCCGUCGUGUCGCCGCUCGCCGCUCGCCAUCGUGUCGCCGAUCGCCACUCGCCGUCCGUCUCUGCGUCGAAGUAGCUUAUAGGGAGUGAAAAUGGCAUGUUACCUCAAAGAGGAAUGUUGGCAACCCCAAGAAUGGCAAGCCUUAGGAGCUUGAUGAGGCUUGUCACCCUUCAUUAGCCCUUUUCAUGGAUGAGAUCAAGAUUGGAUGAAAUCAAUAACAACAUUAACAACAAGAGUUCUUUGCCUUCUGAUUCAAUGAUAAUUUGGUAUCUUGCCCUGGAAAUUUCUGGUUACAUUAUUGGCUGUUGCUGAUUUAUCAUGCUAUGAUGCUGAGCUUAGCUAUGAGUAGAUGAUUGAAUAUUUGUUAUUGAUUUGGUUAAUUCAAUGAAUUUUUUUUUGGUUUUUUGUGACUAUCUUAACGAGUUCAAUAGUGAUAUAUUGAAAGAUAUUGUUAAUAAUUAUGAAAUCAAAUGUUAAAUUAGAUUUUGGUUGAUGUAGUACUUUAUAUUUGGAAGACAUUAAAAUUUAUGUUACACUAUAAUUAUGUUUUAGAGUAUUUAUUUAUAAUUUAUUUAUUAUUUUAUUAUAAAACGGUUUUUUCGGUUAGACCACGGUUGAACUGGUUAGACCAGUAAACCAGUGAACCAGUAACUAGAACGGUUCGAUGACCGGUCUGGUUUUCAGAACCUUGCUGAGGACCCAUCCCAACCCUAACUCCCUUUCUCACCCGCCGCCUUCUCCAUCGCCGAACCACAUCCACCGCUGUCUCCCCUCCGCCGUCGCAUCUGCUCCAGUCGCUGUCUCUACUGCUCAAGCUCGUCGCAACACUUCUCGCGUCGCCGCUCGUCUCCUCUGUCUCGGCCCUCGUCUUCUCCUUGACGUCGCUAGAAGUCGUGCUCGGAGCUAUUGGCGUCGCAGUCUCCAUCGUGUCGUCGGCGGCCCUGAAAUCGUCGUCUCUGUCCUCUCGUCAAGCCUCUGUCUUCGAGCCCCUUUUCUCUCUGUCCGAGGUCACAUCCUUCCUCCCUCGCCGUCACUUCCCUUCCUCCCUCCAUGCCGUUACUCUACCAGUUCAUUGAUCGGUCCGGUUCUCGCAACUUUGAUGAAAACGAUAUGACAGAGAGAGAAAGAGAGAGAGAGAAAGAGAGAGGAGAAUGGCAAGAAUAAGCAAAGAGGCGAUGGGUCCAGUGGGGAAGAGGCUCUCGGAGGUUUUGGUUUGUUCUCUCUCGAAGCAUCCCUUGAGGUACUACCAGGAAACCAAUUCCCUAAUCAGUAAUGCCAUUCCUGUUUCCUUUCCUAUAAAAAACGGGAUCCCUUGCUUGGUUCCACAAGAUGGGAAGAUACUCGAGGAAGAAGAUGGCAAGGACACAACCACAACCACUCUCUCCCCCUUCAAUGCCUUCCACGCGAUCCUCCAGAGUGCGUGCCACACCACCCGCCACCUCCUCCAAAUUCAGGCACUCCUCACCACCACCGCCCUACUCCGCAACCCUCACAUUGCACGCACCCUUCUGAGUCGCGCCUCACACCUAUGCGACGUCGCUUACACCCUUUUAAUCUUCCAUCACUUCAACAACACCUUAGACACGUUUUGCGUCAACACAAUGAUCCAGGCUUAUUCUAACAGCCACGUUCCUCAUCAAGCUCUUGCUUUUCUCUUUAAUUCUUUGCAAAGUGGUUUCUUUCCCAACAGCUACACCUUUGUGCCCCUCAUUGGUUCCUGUGCCAAGAUGGGUUGCCUUCAAUCUGGGAGGAAGUGCCACAGUCAAGCCCUGAAGAAUGGGGUUGAUGGGGUGCUACCGGUUCAGAACUCUUUGAUUCACAUGUAUGGGUGCUGCGGUGAUGUUGGAGUUGCUAGGGUAGUGUUUGACACAAUGUUGAGCAGGGAUUUGGUUUCGUGGAACUCGAUCAUUGAUGGAUAUGUAACAGUUGGUGAAUUGAAUGCUGCAUAUGCACUCUUUGAUGAAAUGCCCGAGAGGAAUUUGAUUACUUGGAAUGUUAUGAUUGCUGGCCAUUUGAAGGCUAGGAACCCUGGCUUUGCCUUGAAGUUGUUCCGGGAGAUGGGUAGGUUGGGAUUGAAGGGUAAUGCUAGGACUAUGGUAUCUGUGAUUACGGCUUGUGGCCGGUCAGCUAGACUCAAGGAAGGAAGAUCAGUUCACGCGAGCAUCAUUAGGACGUUAGCAAGGUUGAGCUUGAUUAUUGAUACGGCUUUGAUCGACAUGUACUGCAAAUGCAAGAGGGUGGAUGUAGCACAUGUAGUGUUUGAGAGGAUGGCAAACAGGAAUUUGGUUUCCUGGAAUGCGAUGAUCUUGGGGCACUGCAUUCGUGGAAAUCCCGAAGAUGGACUAAACCUAUUUGAUUUAAUGGUUGGUAUGGAGAAGAUGAAGCAUGAGGUUGAACUUGAUAAGAUUAUAAGUGCAGACAGAAGUCUAGCUAGGUUAUCCCCUGACGAAGUAACCUUCAUUGGCAUUUUGUGUGCCUGCGCUCGUGCAGAGAAGUUGACUGCGGGCAGGUUUUACUUCAAGCAAAUGACUGAUGUGUUCAAUGUGAAGCCCAAUUUUGCUCAUUUUUGGUGCAUGGCGAAUCUUCUGGCGAACGUAGGGCUAGUUGAUGAGGCAGAAGAAUUCCUGAGGAACAUCAUAAAAUUUGAUGGAGAUAUGUCAUAUGAGUCAUUACUAUGGGCAAAUUUGCUCGGUUUCUGCCAUUUCAAAAGAGAUGUGGACUUGGGUGAGCGAAUUGCAAAACUGAUGAUUGACCUGGAUCCGAAGAACCUUGCCUGUUACCAGUUCCUCCUUGUCAUUUAUGUUGUGGCUGAUCAACGGGAAAAUGUUUCCAUGGUGAAAAAGCUGGCGAAGGAUAGGCUAGGGGUAAUACCUGGAAGCACUCUUGUAGACUUGAAAAAUAUUGUUCACAAUUUCAAGGUGUCAAAUAGAUGGAGAGAAGGAUUCGAAGCAGUCAAUAAGAUGAUGGAUGAACUAGCUCAUAGAUUAGGGUUGGAAAUUUUUGAGUCAGGCCAGCCACUAGUAGACCGAAGAGAAAAUAUUAGCUAGGAUGAAGAUGAGUGAUAAAGCAAACCGUUUGAACAAGUAGCGGUCUAUUUCACUUUUUUUUUUUCUUUCUUUUAGCUCCCUUGAUUCUUUUUUGAAAUUUUGCCUAGGUGAUAGUUUCUCUUGUUUCGGUUCUUCCCGAGUGCAUUUCUCUUUAGGCAUUCACUUGAAUACUAAUAGAUAAUUCCAGUUUUGGAUUGAGUUACUAUAUGUAUAACUCGAGCUUGUAAUCUGGUCAAGCACUGCAUACCAAUAUGGAUUUUUCUGCUAAGCUGUUACAGGAGGAUUAAUUAAUGAAAUGGAUUAGCCAAUGAUGCUAGAAUUACGAAUUUAUUCGAUGCGUUGGUACUUUAGUUGACUGUAGCCAUCAGAUGACUGAACUUGGGAGAUUGCAAUACCAAUGCAAGGUAUCGAAGUUCUGCACCGUCACAGAAGCAAACACAGAAACUUUGCUCGCGAUGCAAAUAGAACUAUUGGUAGAGACUAUUCAUCUGUUCAUGAAAACCGAAGCUCGAUUUUUUUGCAGUUACUCAACGUGGAUGGCUGUUGUUGGCGGUGUUGCAGAGAUAAUUUAUUUUUUAAGAGUUAGAAUAGUUACACAAAUCGUUGUGUUUAUGCAAAAUCAAUGAAACUGAAAAAGUGUUUUUUUAUUACGGUUAAUGAACUCAAAAUAGAUCUCAGAUUCAGUUUUA